GGCCGCGGCGAGGCGGCAGGGCGGGGGCGCGGCUGGGCGUCGGAGCUGCAGCGGGAGGACGAGGUGCAGCAGGAGGAGAACUCCAGGAGGACUACAAGAACAUGCUCUGGCUGGACGACCCCGACGCCGUCGACCGGGCCAUGAAGAAGGCGUGGGACAGGAUGUCGAGGGAGGACCAGGCCGUCACCCACUCCAUGCUGUCGGUGCCCCGCGCGAGUGUCCCCAGGGGGCCAGCAUCAGGGCAGGAGCCCCGGACGACCCGCCGCCUCGGAGGCGCCGCGCCCGGCGGCGCCACCGCGCGGCGCGGGCCCACCGCCGCGCGAUGCUGAACCACCGGCGCCGCGGCGCCCCGCACGAGGCGCUCCUGCAGGAGGGGGCGCGCACGGGCUCGGCUGCCCAG